AGGAGACCCGGAGAACCCAGGAGUUUCCAUGCUGUGCUGCCCCCCAAGCUCUGGAUCCACCUGGCCGUGGUGGCCUGCGGCAACCGGCUGGAGGAGACGCUGGUCAUGCUGAAGUCAGCCGUGCUCUUCAGCCACAGGAAGAUGCACUUCCACAUUUUCACAGAAGAAUCUCUGAAGCCCGAGUUUGAUAAGCAGUUACAGCAGUGGCCUGACUUGUAUACGGAGAAGUUUGUCCACAGAAUCUACCCCAUCACAUUUUCUGCAGGAAACCCCCAGGAGUGGAGGAAGCUGUUCAAACCCUGUGCUGCCCAGAGACUCUUCCUCCCGGUGAUUUUAAAGGAUGUGGACUCGCUCCUCUACGUGGACACUGACGUUCUCUUUCUGAGACCCGUCGACGACAUCUGGAAGCUCCUGCGGCAGUUUAACUCCACCCAGCUUGCAGCCAUGGCCCCUGAGCAUGAAAUCCCCAAGAUCGGCUGGUACAGCCGCUUUGCUCAGCACCCUUUUUAUGGCUCCGCGGGAGUUAAUUCGGGAGUCAUGCUAAUGAAUUUAACUCGUAUAAGAAGUGCCCGGUUCAAGAACAGCAUGAUUCCAACAGGGUUGGCUUGGGACGACAUGCUGUACCCUCUAUACCAGAAGUACAAGAAUGCCAUCACGUGGGGAGACCAGGAUUUAUUAAAUAUUAUUUUUUACUUCAAUCCAGAGCGUCUCUAUGUGUUCCCCUGCCAUUGGAACUACCGUCCUGACCACUGCAUGUAUGGCAGCAACUGCAAAAGGGCGGAGCUCGAAGGGGUGUCUGUUCUGCACGGGAACAGAGGCGUCUACCAUGAUGAUAAGCAGCCGACUUUCAAAGCCCUAUACGAAGCCAUACGGGAUUUUCCCUUUCAAGACAAUCUCUUUCAAUCCAUGUAUUACCCUCUUCAGUUGAAGUUUUUGGAAACUGUACACACUUUAUGUGGACGAAUCCCACAAGUGUUUCUGAAGCAAAUUGAGAAAACAAUGAAAAGGGCCUAUGAGAAGCAUGUCAUCAUGCAUGUUGGCCCCAACCAGAUGCGCUGAGUGUUUCAUCUUGUUGCAGUUAAUCAGGUAUCUCACCGAUGAGGAAGAGUCGUCUCUAAGCUGCCUGGGCCAUUUCUGUGUGAAUAUCUAAUGGUGCUCCCUGACAAUUGACUCUUAAAAGCUUUGUAAAAUGUUGCUAAAUUAGUUGCCCUAUAAAGAAAGUAGGCUUUUUUUUUUUGUAAAAUGCUAUUUAUCUCUCUUAUUAUUUUUAAAAAAUAUGUUAUUACUCAUUUAACAUUGUUUAGGUUGAGCUAGCUGUGAAAAAGGAACUUUUGUUAGACUUUCAAUUCCUGUAAGUGUCUGAAACAGUAUCAGUGGCAUCUGAGGUGAUAUA